CCAACGCCAUCGGUACGCUCGCACAUCCAUCGCCCUUUAAACCGCCCCCCCCACCACCACUCUUCUCCCUCACAAAUUCCCCGGAGAUGGAGAUGGAGAACACCGACUCGUCCUCCGGCAUGAAACAUCAGCAGGAGCUGCAGCACCCGCAGCUCCCGCCGGGGUUCCGUUUCCACCCCACCGACGAGGAGCUCGUCGUUCAUUACCUGAAAAAGAAGGCCGCCGCCGCACCUCUCCCCGUUGCCAUCAUCACCGAGGUUGACCUCUAUAAGUUCGACCCCUGGGAGCUCCCAGGUAAGGCGAACUUUGGAGAGCAGGAGUGGUACUUCUUCAGCCCCAGGGACCGCAAGUACCCCAACGGGGCGCGACCGAACCGGGCGGCGACGUCCGGCUACUGGAAGGCCACCGGGACGGACAAGCCCGUGCUGACGUCCGGCGGAAGCCAGGUCAAGGUCGGGGUGAAGAAAGCCUUGGUGUUCUACCGCGGGAGGCCGCCCAGGGGAACUAAGACCAACUGGAUCAUGCACGAGUACCGGCUCGCCGACGGCAGCAGCCCUGAAAACAGCAGCAGCAGUAGCUGCAGGCCCCCCUAUGGUGGUCACAUGGCGAACAAGAAGAAGGGCGGAUCCCUCAGGUUGGAUGAUUGGGUUCUGUGCCGCAUCUACAAGAAGAACAACAGCGUGAGCGAUAGCCUGAGGCCAACGCAUCGAGACAGGGAAGGCGCCACGGACGACAUGCUCGGAUCCGCGCCAUCUGUGGCUCAUCAGACAGGGAUGCAACCUCAACGAGCUCCGACCAACUACAACUCACUGCUCGAACAUGAUGAGACCUUUCUCGAGGGACUACUAGCGAAUGAGGUCGGUCUGCCCACCAAUUCCAUCACCCACCUCGCUGCUGCUGCUGCAAGAGCCAAACUCAACCUCUCGCCUGUUCCUCCCAGUACCACCGGUACCUUUCCCACGAGACACCCUCUUUCCUCUGCAUACUGGACCGAGCCCACCGACAUCGCAGCACCGCCUGCCCAGAGGUUCCAUGCCGGCCAUGGCAGUGGCAGCAACAAUGCUGCCGACAAGAACAAUACCAGUAGCUGCAGCAAUGGCAGCGCCACCAACGAUGACGGUGGCCACACAAAUCAGAUGCUUCUCAAUCAGAUCCCCUACGGCACAACAUACCACGACCAAAUGAUUCUUGGAUCACUACGGGAUGGUGGAGCCAUCUUCCAACAGCCAUACCAGCUGCCCGGAGUGAAUUGGACCUCCUAAUUCGAAGCUUCUGAGAGGUGAGGUACUGAUGUCCCAUCUGUCUGGUAGUAGCCCAUAAUAUACAGAGGAAGAAGGAUUGUUGGUGGAGCACCUGCAAAUGCUCAAAUUCCCCUACUAGAAAGGUUCUCUUCAGUCCCAGGUAACUCAACAGUGUACAUAUAUAUAGUUUAUUGUUGGAUAGCAGAACAGAGAUCGAGUGUCAGAGCAUAAAAUCCAGUAGGAUUCUUUAGUAAAUAUCAAAUAGGAGAGAGAGAGAGAGAGAGAGAGAAGAUAAAGUUAUUAGUACUGUGAGUUGUAGCUGCUUGCACCUUGCAAUAAAUUUCGGAUGGAAUUUGAUCAUGUUCAUAUCA